CUACUACUCCCAGCAUGCCCGGACAGCCAGUGGCAUCUGAAGGGUUAAUGACGCUGCCGCCCUUGGUUUCUAGGCGAGCGUCCUGUUGCUGCCCACGUGACCGCUCCUCUGUACUGCUGCGCUGACUACGUCACAUCCGGCGCAGCUCCGCGGAAGCGGAAGGCGUUUCCGGCUUCUGAAGUUACCGGUGUAAACAUGGGCCGGGCGGAACGAAAAGCAGAAGCCCGGGAAGAAAUCGUCCGCCGUGAGCAGCACCGGGAGCGGCGGAGACAGAUUAUCCGGAUUUUGCGCAAACCGGCGGCCGAGCGGAGUCCCGGGGAGCGGGAGCUGCUGGAGAGCCAUGCGGAGCUGGUGCGGGAGCUGGAGAAGCACCGACACCGGAGGGAGCGGCUCCUGUACCGGGAACAAGAGGUUGUUGAUGGAGCGGACGUCCUCCAGAAGAAGGUUUUGGAGCUGGCGGACGCGGUGCGUGGAGCGGAGUAUAUGGUGAUCUACACUGGAGCCGGGAUCAGCACAGCAGCGGCGAUUCCGGACUAUCGUGGACCGAGUGGAGUGUGGACUCUGCUGAAUAAGGGCAGGAGUGUGAGCCCGGGUGACCUAAGUGAGGCCGAGCCGACCCUCACACACAUGUCUAUAGCUCGACUGCACCAAGCAGAGCUGGUGCAGCAUGUCGUCUCCCAGAACUGCGAUGGGCUUCACCUCCGUAGUGGGUUACCGCAGGGGGCAACCUCUGAAGUUCACGGAAACAUGUAUAUAGAGGUCUGCACGUCGUGUUCACCGCACAGAGAGUACGUUCGAUUGUUCGAUGUGACGGAGAGGACGGCCCUUCACAAGCACAACACUGGACGCUCUUGUCACAAGUGCGGGGGCGACCUGAGAGACUCCAUUGUGCACUUUGGGGAGCGGGGGAAGCUGACACAGCCGCUCAACUGGGUCGGAGCGGUGAAAGCUGCAAAAAAAGCCGACGUCAUCCUCUGCCUUGGCUCCAGUCUCAAAAUCCUGAAGAAAUACCACUGUCUAUGGGGGAUGAACAGACCCAGUACACGGCGGCCUAAGCUUUACAUUGUAAAUUUGCAGUGGACGCCGAAAGAUGCACUAGCCACCCUGAAAAUCCAUGGGAAAUGUGACGAGGUCAUGCGGCUUCUGAUGGAUGAGCUGAAGUUGGACAUUCCCGAAUAUAAAAGAUCCCUGGAUCCCAUCUUCUCUAUGGCUGUACCCCUGCGCCCGGGAGAAGAAGGCAGCCACAGCCGGAGCCUCAUCAAGGCUGCAGAGACCCCCAAUAACUGCGCCCCCGAUCCACCAUCCCUCCCACAGGCUAUCAGCGGGGGCUGGUUUGGUAAAGGAUGCAGCAAGGGAAGAAGAAAAAAGUGAUGAUCCUGGAGGGGCGGUGGUGUUUCCCAACCAGGGUGCCUCCAGCUGUUGCAAAACUACAACUCCCAGCAUGCCUGGACAGCCAACGGCUGUCCAGGCAUGCUGGGAGUUGUAGUUUUGCAGCACUUGUUGGGGAAUGCUGUGAAUCAUUUGCACUUUUUGUCUGUUUUUUUGUUUAGCUUUUUUAUUACAAUUUGUGAUGUUUUAAA